AUGAAAUUUGGUAAGUUCCUGGAAGCUAGAGAGCUGGAAUUGCCAGAAUACAAUAGUCAUUUCAUUGAUUAUAAGGCGCUGAAAAAACUAAUCAAGCAGUUGGCAAUCCCUUUGGCACAAACUUCACCUUCAGAGGCCUUGACCUUAGAUGACUUAGAUGAAGCAGUAAUAUAUCAGAGGUUGCAGGAAAACAAAGCAUCUUUUUUUUUUAAACUGGAAAGAGAAUUGGAGAAAGUUAAUUCCUAUUAUGUGGAGAAAGAAGCAGAUUUGAAAUUUGUAUUCGACAUUUUGAAGACAAAGUAUAAGACGUAUAAGGACCGUGGCCAACUGGCAUCAAAGGUCUCGGUAUCAUAUAAAAACAUACAUGCUGGUUUCAAAAAAUAUCAAAAAGACCUGGCAAAUUUGGAGCAAUACAUAGAACUGAACAGAAGUGGUUUCUCGAAAGUAUUAAAAAAAUGGGACAAAAGAUCGCACUCUCAACAGAAAGAGUUCUAUUUGGCUACUGUUGUUUCGGUGCAGCCAAUUUUCACCAGUAAUGAAGUUGCAAAAUUAAAUGAUGCAACUUUGGCAAUUCUAAUGAAACUAGAUGAUAUUAAUAAUAACGAAAACACAGAUUACUACCCCUAUCAAAAAGAUACCACCUCGAUGGAUGGUUUAAUAUCUACCUUACCUCUAGAUGCUUCUAAAAAGUUAACAGGAAACCAUUCAAGCUUUCAAAAAUCAAUCUUGGAUUACUCGCGCUCCUCUUUGAUAAAUACGGAGAUUGAAAUUGAGAAUUGGUACACGGAGAUAAUAAAUAUAUCAAAACUGAAAGAUAAUCAUAGAAAAUUUCAACUAAUACGAGAGUUUUCGAUCAAUAGAAUUGAAAAAGCUAUAGAUGAUACGGUUCCACAAAGUCGAAUUGAUAAAACAGUUAUAUUAAAGGAAUGUCUGACAAAGUUGUUUCUUUUGCUAGUUGGCUGCAGUGCUGUUGAUGAUGUCUCCUUGCAUGUUUUUUAUAGUAGCACGAGGGAUAAGAUUGAUUUAUCAUAUUGUGAUGAAGAUGAUCAAGUCUUCUCGAGGAGAAAUUUUUUUCACGAGGCCGCCAAUUGUCAUUCACAAUCUCGUAUAUUUGUUUUACGUGAAGCAUUAAUAGCAUCUUCCGCGCAAACCGUUGAAUUUAACUCAUUAUCCAAAGAAAAAUUGAAAUCGCUCCUCAAUGCACAGGAUUUAUAUCAGCGAACGCCACUUCACUACGCCGCUGAGCUGGGUAAACUGGAAAUCGUUCAUUUACUGCUCUCUUCCGGAAUGUUGGAUUCAGUUGAUGUAUUGGAUAAUAAUUCACAUACACCUUUAGUUCUAUCAAUAAUCAAUAAUAACAUUGAAGCUGUCCAGGAGCUGCUCGAAAAUGGACAAGCAAACCCAUUCCCAAAAAAUGAUGCGAAUUCUAAGCCACAAUUUGCUCCAUUGAUAGUUGCAUGCUCUUAUAACAACUUUGAAGCUGCACAUCUACUUUUAAAGAUGGGAGAAGCGGAUGUAGCGGAAAUUCAGGAUGCGGAAGGUCUGGGUACGUUGCAUAUUGUUGCCAAGGAAGGAGGUGACGCACAACUAAUACAACUUUUGGUUGAUUUUGGUGCUGAUCCAAAUGGAUUUGAUAACUUCAACGUCUGGACACCAAUCUUUUAUGCAAUUCAAGAGGGGCAUGCUGAUACUGUUCAACAACUACUCAAUAGUGGUGCAAGAUUGGACAUUACAGAUAGUAAUAAUUUGGGACCAGUUUAUUAUGCAAUAUGGGAAGGACAUGUUGACGUUCUGAAUGUAUUAUUGCAAAACGUACGGGUUGAUGAGCCAAGAUUGAAUAAAGAUAUGAUGGUACCACCUGUAUCUUUGAAGGCAUCUGAGUUGAGGAGCCGAUCAAAUUCGUUUCAUGAUAUCCCCGAUUUUGCGUUGCCACCGCCAUUCAUCCCAUUGCGUAAGUAUGGUCAUAACUUUUUGGAGAAAAAAAUAUUUAUCAAAAUGAUGUUACAACCUGGCAGUGGCUCUAUUAAACUUAAUAAUGAUGCGGAAGUUAUUCUUUCUUCCCCAGGAAGAAUCACGCUGACAUCAAGCGUUUCGGAUUUUAUUUCUCGUAACAUAAUUUUACCUCUUUCUGAAGAGGACGAGCGUGAAAUAGUUUUUCAAUUUGAUAGCAUUGAUAAUUUUUCAGUUGAUUUUGAAGUAUUUCCUGCAUUUGGUACCAGAAUAAUUGCAAAGACUACAGCAAUCUCAUCAACGUUUGAUCCAAGUCUUGUCAAUGGAACGUCUACUAUUGUUUUACCUUUAUUUGAUGCUAGACUCACCAAUGUUGGUACCCUAUCAUUCGAUUAUCAGAUAAUUUUACCUUACACUGGGAGACCGUUGGAGAUUACAAAGUAUGAAACCUAUUGGAAAUCAACUAGUGGCCCUGCUAUGAACUUGAAAAAAGACAGUCAUCAGGUAAUAACCUCGUCGUCUUUGUCCGGUAGUUUUGUGAAUAUAAAGAUAUGUCCAUUGAAAGAUGGGACAUUGGUCGUAUCGCCUAAACUUUUUUUUGAGAUAAACAGUGUGAGAAUCUUUUUGACCGAGCUCACAAAACAGCAGUUGGAGUCAUUCUAUGGCUCCCGUAUUGAUAGUAUUCCAGAUAUCAAGGAUGAGACUUCCUUGGUUAAUUUAUUAUCAUUCAGUGUCUUUGCUUACGCGGAUCUGCUCAAAAGUAUUCCUUCUAAUAUCCAAUUGGAAAUACAAGUGUGCUUUCCAACUACCUUGGAAAUCGAAGACAUUCCAGUUAAUUUGGGACCGUCAGUCAAUAUCAAUCAAGCCAUUGAUAAUGUUUUGUAUUUGACAUUUGAACAUGUGAGAGGAUUGCGUCAUUCUGGGCAGCAACCUCGCCCUAUUGUUCUGAGCUCAUGUAACUGGAAGGCUUGCGCGAUCAUGAAUUGGAAACAACCAAACUUUCCUGUUUUGUACCAUAUGAAGGAUUUACGAAAACUUAAUAAUGAAUUUGUUCAGGACACAUCUCAUAAUUUGUUAGAUAUGGCUGUAAGCAAAGUUCACUUCAACUUCUCUGAUAACAGAUCCAAAAAUCUACGUCAAAUUUUAAGGUUAGCUGUCAAUAACAAUAUAUUAGGAAUAAUAUUCCCGUAUGAAUUGUUAAAAAUUUGCAGCCCUUUGGUUGAUGCCAUUAGAGAACAAGGUUUGCUGCUUAUAGCAUCAACCCUGCAAAAUAGUAAAGAAGUACGUGAUCAAGAGGGUUUUAAUGAUGAUAAUAUAAAUGGAUUUCAUAGACAGUCUGAACUAAUAUUUACGGGAAACGUUGAGAUGUAA